AUGUCCGCUCAAGUACCUGCUGGUAGAUUCCUUGCUUUUGAUUAUGUUGAGUUUUGGGUUGGUAAUGCCCUCCAAGCUCGUGAUUAUUACAUUUCAAGAUUUGGAUUCCGACCAUAUGCCUAUCGUGGUUUAGAAACUGGAAGUAAGGAGAUUGUCACUCAUGUCGUCCGCCAAAACAAUGCCAUUCUCGCCUUCUCUUCUCCUCUCUUACCUGCCUCAAAGAGUGCAUUGGCAAGAGAGAUGAGUGCUCACCAUGCUGAACACGGAGAUGGUGUUCGUGAUAUUGCAUUUACUGUAGAUAAUGCUGAAGCCAUUUAUAAGGCAGCUGUUGAGAAUGGAGCUAUUAGUGUAAGAGAACCACAAACCUUGACAGAUUCAGAAUUGGGAAGUGUCAAAAUUGCAAGUGUGAAAACCUAUGGAGAUACCAUUCACACCUUUGUUGAAAGAUCCGAAUUCAAGGGAAAGUUCUUACCUGGAUUUAAGGUCAUUGAACAAGAUGGUGAUGAUCCAUUCCAAAGCUUUACUCCUGAAGUUGGAUUGUUGAAUGUGGAUCACAUUGUCGGAAAUCAAGGAUGGAAUGAAAUGGUUAAUAUUUGUGAAUGGUAUGAACAAAAAUUGGGAUUCCAUCGAUUCUGGAGUGUCGACGAUUCUGUGAUUCACACAGACUACAGUGCUUUGAAGAGUAUUGUCAUGACCGAUAAAGAGGAAAACAUCAAAAUGCCAAUCAACGAACCUGCAAAGGGAAAGAAAAUGUCACAAAUUGAAGAGUUUGUGAACUUUUAUGGAGGAGCAGGUGCUCAACACAUUGCACUGAGAACCAACGAUAUUAUUCAUACAGUGACUCAAAUGAGAGCUCGUGGUGUUAGCUUCUUACCAACACCAGAUUCGUACUAUGACAAUUUGAGAAAGAGAUUGGCUCAUGCACCAAUUACUGUCAAGGAAGAUAUUGAUGUUUUGCAAAAGUUGAAGAUUUUGGUUGAUUUUGAUGAUAAGGGAUAUUUGUUGCAAAUUUUCACCAAGCCAGUCGAAGAUAGACCAACCUUGUUCUAUGAAAUUAUUCAAAGACAAAACAAUAGCGGAUUCGGAGCUGGUAACUUUAAGGCACUUUUCGAAUCGAUCGAACACGAACAAGAGAGACGUGGAACAUUGGUUGAUACAAACUACACUAUUCAAUGUUAA